AUGCUGCCAAGUGCUGGUGUCUAUUACUUCCCAUGGGAGGUCAACAGCUCAGUCCCAGAGGGGGAAGUGCUGAGGACGUUUGGCAGGUUAAACUUCUACGACCUGGCCCGGUCCGAAGCUGUUCUCACUGCUCAGCACAGCUCAGCUCAGUACCAGGUCUGUGUUGACACCAAGUUUGUGGAGCCAUUCCAAGCCCAGCUGGGAUCUUGCUACAUGGUCCUGGGAGAGGCUGAACAAAGGGAAGGUGGAGCGCCUGUGGUAAAGGCACGAAUAUUGACCUGUGUGGAGGGGAUGAACACGCCCUUGCUGGAGCAGGCCAUACAGGAGCAGAGGGAAUACUUCAAGGAGAGGCAGGAGCGGACUGGGGACAGCAUGUCCUGA